AUGGGCACCAAGUCGCUUGUUGUCACCCUCAACCUCGACAUGGGGCCUGAAUUCCUCGAGGCCUGUUUGGACGUUUCCAAACAGCCUGGGAACUAUUCACCUGUUUCCUCCACUGACACACUCGCCUCUACCCCUGCAUCCUUGUCCAAGGUCGUCAUCAGCUCCGAGGUCAUUCCCCGACUGGCCGAUAAAUAUGCCAACGCUUAUACGGAUUUUUACGGUAGUAUGACCCCUUGUAUCUAUAAGACUGGACCUGAGUGGCACAAACGCUCGGGCAACCAGGCCCAGGGGAUAUACCGAGCCGCUCGUCCUAUCUACAAUCACCCUAUUCGCCCUUUUUGGCUCUCUAUUGGGUGGAGCAUCGUCGCCAAACUCGACUCUCUCAAGGUGGACUGGAAUGCCAUCAAUCCCCUCGCCUACGCCGACGCUGGAGAGGCCAAUCCAUUCUGCCCCUUCGUCAUUACCAUUGGCGUCGAGCCUUACUCCCUCCUUUACGAUGAUGCCGUUGCCGCUGGAGAUGCCGUCCUCAGCAUCCUCAAGGACGCUGGCUUUCCUGGCAUCCAAGUGGCCUUUAUCGAAUCCCGUCUUCAUCGUUCCGCCCGUCCCAAGCUCCUCUCGUUCGAACCUCCCUUCGAUCCUGACCCUAAGCUUCGCAAGGACUUCAGCCACGCUCUAAGUCUACCGAUCGCACCCCUAAAGUCUCCUAAUUUCGAAGGGACCGGCGCUCUUUAUUUCCGCCUCAACAAGGACAACGACCGGGUCGCGCUCCUCACCUGCGCCCAUGUUGCCCGUCCCCCUCCCCUCUUCCAAAACACGACCAUGACGCGGACGAAGACGAGCGAGGCUCGCGAGGAUAUCAUCGCCCUCGGUACCUUUGCCUUUGAGAAAGCCGUAACGGCCAUCAUGAAGGAGAUCGGCGACCAGGUCAUCUUCAUCGAAGAUUGGAACAAGUCUCUCAAGAAGCUGGGAGACGAGGUCAAAGGAGAAGACCCCUUCAGAACCGAUCAGCGUAACGAGAUCAAGAACUUGAUAGAGACGGCGAGGAAGAAGAUCGACAGAGCGAACAAGCUCCACGGCGGGGUUACCAAAUACCGUAUUCCCGCUAUGCAGCGAGUCAUUGGCUCUGUUCUACAUUGCGAGAAGAUCGAGGUCGCUGUCGGAGCCCACCAGUUUACCAAAGACUGGAGUUUCAUCGAAAUAGACCGCGAGAUGAUAGAUUGGGAGAGUUUCAACGGCAAUAAGAUAUACGUCAGAGGGAAUCAGACAGCAGCCGAUUUUGCCAACCUCAUGUUCCCCCGGGCUACUGAUCGAAAGAAAUUCAACUUGCCCGAGAACGGCCUCCUCCAGGCUUUCGGCGUUGUUCCUGAGUCCGAAUUCAACAAGCCCCAGGACCUCGAUAUUCACAACAUGAAGGCCUUGCUCUGCACCAAGCACGGUCGAUCCACACGUACCACCUUUGGUCGUGUUAAUGGUUUGGAGUCUUUCACCCGCCACUAUAAAGAGUACAACAUCCACAAGGUCUAUCGAAAUUGCGGUGCUCGGCUACGACACGUCGAACCUCAAGUACACCAAGUUCUCCGACCCUGGUGA